AUGCCUUUCUUUUCCGGUUCGGCGACGCUCACGCACAGGUCCAAGGUCCCGGCCAAAGCCACGCGGGAGCAGAGCAUCGCAAUGCUGCACGACCACAACUUCUACUUGCACUGCAACCCCCACAUGUCCAAGAUUGAGACUCUAACCACAGCCGUACCGGAGCCUGCGGUUCCAGAUGGCCUCAAGAGCCAGGUGGUCAAAGAGACGGCAGUGUACCAGGUCACGGACAUCUUCCAGGCUCUCCCCAACGGCUUAUGGGACAGCAACGUCGUCAGCACGUACGAGUUUACAAACAUCGCGAACGGUGUCUUUGCGCGAAUCAAGAGCCCGUUGUCGGUAGCCCUGGAUUCCCUGUGGGAGAUCAAGGGCGAGGCCGGCGAGCUGGAGAUCGUCGAAACCUGCACCAUCACUUGCCCGAGGCUCCUCGUCGGGUUCGUCAAGACCGAGUGCGAGGGAAAUUGGCCCAACAUACAUGGGAAGAUGAUCGAGAGGCUUGAGAGGGAAGUUCAAACCUAA